CGCCCCCCGUGAGACAAGAGGCACAAACACUCAUACACCCAAAGGUGCCAUGGACUGGUUCACAUGGCUCUCAAAAACAGGCCUUGACCCCUCCCUAGUCUACGAAUACGCCCUCGCUUUCUCCCACAACGAGCUCGAAGAAGACGACAUACUUUACUUCAACCAUGAGUUCCUCCAAAGCAUGGGCAUCUCAAUAGCUAAAGACAGGCUCGAAAUCCUCAAGCUGGCCAGGAAACACAGAUCAGGUGUGACCCCAAGGCCUGUGUCCAGACUUCUUUUGGCCAUCAAGAGUACCAAGAGGAGCUUAGCCAAGUACAUCGGGACGUUGGUUUGCCGCCCUGAUCAGUCGGCUCUUGUGGUGGUUAACCCGAGGAGUAGGUCCGGAUAUGCUAAUAAAUGGAAAGGUGCAAUGUUGAAGAGGAAUAAGAAGCUGGUGUUGGGCACACCGGGGGGGAGGCUGUUGCUUACCAAUGGGACUCCUUUGCUGGUCUCGAGGCCUGCUCGAGUCGAGAGCUUUUCGAGUCCCAUGGUGUUUGAUUACCACAAGGAGGAGAAAAUGGAUGAAGAUGAAGAUGGAUAUUGGUCAACUGCUGUUGAAGAGAUCAGGUGGGAUACUAUGUUUCAAGAUUUGAAACCAAAUUGAACAAGAUUUGUUUUCGGUUUUAGUCUCUUUUUCAUUACAAACAACAUUCAAGGAAGACAAUAUGUGACGAUGAUGUCGAUCACUGAUCGGCUGGUUCUUCCACACACAUCAGUUAUUAUUUUUUUGGGGAUAAACAGUUAUGUUUGAUUUCAAUGGUGAGAGAGGGGUUUUUUUUUUUUUUUUUGUAGUUUCCACCAGUGUUUUUUGGGGGUAGAUUGGUAAUUUUAUCUUUAGUGGUGUUUCAGUCAUGAAAUUGUCUCCCCUGCCUUUAUCUUUUGAUAGCAGAAAGAAAAAGGUAAGAGUCAGUCCCUUUGGGAAAAAGAGAGAAAAAGGGGCACUUGCUAGGUAUGGGAAUCUGCAGAGUAAGAAGAAACCAUUGUAUUGUAAAUCUUAAAAUGAUUGUUUUUACCGGGGGAUGAAAGUAGAGAUUGUACUAGAAAAAAAA